AUGGCUUCACAUUUGGACAACUCAUUACCAGUGCAGUGUAUGCAGACCACCGUGGAAGAGGAAAGUGUGAGGAAACUUGCUGUUCAAGUACAGGCUAAUAAGCACAAGUUCAUAUUUCUAAACACUUACAGGCCUUUUUUUUUCUUCUUGCCCGGUAGCUGGUCUCAGAAAAUGUCUUUGUGUUCAUUUCUACCAGUGCAUCCUUUACACAUACCUACCCACUUGUACAUAAUUCAGCAUCCAGCAGUGGAAAGCCAAGUGUCUCAGACAGCUCCUCUACUAGCAGCAUGCCUCCCCCAGGACAAAUGUAAAGUCAAGACUGGUCAUUGCUUCAGUGAAGAAAGAGAUCCUGAACUUUCAACGGUUUGUCAGAAGUCUGGCACAUUAAUAUUGUAUCCAGGGCUGAAGCUGCUCAUUUGAAAGAAUUUGUAUUAGUCUCCUGUUUAUCCUUCCACAGGCAUCGUCAUCAAUGGCACAUGGAGCCAGGCUAAGGACACACUUUAUAAGAAUUCCAUGUUCCCACUGCCCAAACAGGCAAAUCUUAAAAUGAGCAUUUCUAGUCAGUAUGUAAUGGUGCAACCAGCUCAUAGGUUUCUGUCUACACUGGAGUGUGCAGCUGUUGCUCUUUCCAUUUUGGAGAAAAAUAAUUACAUACAAGAGCUAUGUAUGUCUUUGAAGACUUUGCUUCACACUCUUUAGGCUUUAUGAUCUUUCCACCUUCAGCAUGGUGCUUGAAUUUGCCUCAGCAAAGAACACCUUCUGAAAAAUGGAUUAUAUCCUAAGCCAAUGCCAAAGAACAAACACAAACUCAGGAAAAUGGAACUGUUAAUGAACAGUGUUAAAAUUCAGGACAAAUGUUCUUACAGUGCUACUGCUGGUGUCUUCGGCUGA